AUGGAAAAACUCGCUUACGACGUCCCUACGACAGAUACCGCCGUCUCCUUCCAAACUAGGCGACGCCACCGGGUUAUCGCAGGCCUCGGACGCAGCCUGGCCACGCUCCUUCUCUGCUUCUGCGCCUACGUCUGGAUCAACGAGACAUUCCCUGAAUCUGGAAGCGAAAAUGAUUUCUUCCAUUCUGCCUCCACAGGUCUGGAAUCACAACCCAAGCUAUCCGACAGUCAAAAGGUUCCUCUGGAAGCUCACGUCAUGAGCAAAUGCCCGGACGCGCGGGAUUGUCUACGGCAGCUGGUCGUGCCGGCAAUGGAGCAAGUCAGCGAUUUGGUGGAUUUCGAGCUGAAUUUCAUCGCCAGUGUAUCCAACCAAUCCUCCGCAAUCGAAUGCAAACACGGCCCCGAAGAGUGCAUCGGCGACAUCCUCAUCCUCUGUGCUGCAAACCUCCCCUUCCCCCCUGACGCCGGCGAAAUCACUCCCGAUACUCCUCGCACACCUACAAUCCGAUCCCUGGGUUUUGCCACCUGCCUCAUCAGCGAAUACUCCCGCAUCCCCGAGCGAGAGUUCGUCGAACAAUGUGCCUUGGAGCACGGCAUCGAUUUUCAUUCCCUGAAUGAAUGCGCAAGCCAACAAGAAGAUGAUCCGGGUGAUGGUCAGCACCCGCCGCUCAGCGGUAUUGCAUUGCUCCGGAAAAGUGCUCUUCACAGCGCAGAACUUGGCGUGACUACCAGCUGUACUGUUCGAGUGGAUGAUUCGGUCUGGUGCGUCCGGGACGAUGGUUCCUGGAAGGAUUGUGGCAAAGGUGAGGAAAAUAGCAAGGUGUCUUCGCUUGCUGAAGAGGUGAAGAAGCGAUACGAGGGGAAGAAUUGA